ACCGCGUUUUCGUAUUCCAAUCUGUUGUGAUGGCUGAGAACGGUGGUGUUUCGAAGCCGGAGGAGAAAUCCCAUCGAAACUCUGAGCGUGUUUCCAACGGCGCGGGAGAUGGGAUGGCGUCGAAUGACGCAGCAGCGCCAGGGAGUUCGCAGAAAGCCUCCCGAGAAGCGUACAUGGCGGCCCUGAACCAGUGGCUGUGGCAGUGCUACCACUGGCAGUGCUUCACUGCGGCACUGCCGUACAUCGCAGCCCAAGCGACGAGCCAAAACCGAAGCGCCUACGAGACGGUCGACAUCAAUCGAAACCUACCGAGGACAUUUAUCGCGAACCAAAAUUUGCUCAAUGGACAGAGAAUGCAGCGAGCCCCACCUAGACUGGGACACGAGUUCAAGCUGCCACCUCUGUGGAAGCGAUUCGCAGCAGAGGUUCUGGACUCCUUCAUCUUGCUGUUUGUAAAGUUGCUGGUGACGUAUAUUGCCGUCGACUUUUUUGACAUCAUAGAUCUCGAUAAAUACGAUUUCGAGUUGCUUCUGGAAGAAACCCUGAACUUUAGAUUGGCCCUGGAGGUUACCUCGGAGAUCGUAGUCCUGGAAGUUAUCCACCGGAUACUUGUCUGCCUCUAUGAGACCGCCUGCUUGCACAAGGGUAUUGACUCCCCCGGAGGCCGUACCCCUGGCAAGGGAGUCUUUGGGCUGAAGGUUGUCUCAUGCGCUAGUAUAGAAGAAAUCGGUGGGAGCCGCAUCAGAGUCUACCCUGCUGGCGAUAUUGGACUAGGAUGGGCAUUGCUGCGGUCUUUCGUCAAGAACUUUACGAUGGCAUUCCUUUUUCCUGCCUGUUUGACAAUCUUCUGUUUCCAGCAUGGCCGUGCAGCCUACGACAUCCUCUGCAACUGCAUCGUUGUCGAAGAGCUGCCUCCUCAACACCGUUGAAGCUACGUACCACCUCGUGCAGCUCGUUUGACGAAGUUACACCGCUUGUAGGAACCAUCUUUGCUAGCGCAACACAUUUUGGCCUUUGUUGUUUACAUAUGAUAUAUAUAUAUAAAUAUAAAUUAGCAGUACAAGAGAAGAAGAAAAGAAGAAAAUCCCAGCUUAUUUUUACACCCAGAAUGUUGUCUCAUCAUUUGGGAAUCUGUACUUUAUGUAUAAAUGCAGCAUAUUACAUAUUAUAUUUUAGCAUACACUGCUGAUCAUCAGUUUGGUCAUUAGGCCCUUGUGCUAUUCCCCACAGUACACUUUGGAACAACUAAUGGCAGUAAAAGGAUCUUUGUGCGAAACAGUGAUUUGAAACUGCCAGUAGUGGUCAGACGAGGGGAACCCCAGCCCAGCGCCAGCAUUCCGGGGAUAGAAAAAGUCCUCAUCAAGGCAACCGUUGCUUUUCUCGGCAGGGUGUACAACCGCCUUUGCACACCAACUCUACCCUCUGAAAGUAGUUUGUUUGCAUUUCUUGUAGUAGAACAGAUUUUAAAAGUUUAUCAUCUUUACACUGAAGCGUUAAUGGGUAGGCUAGUUGGCUUUACAUAGUAUAUUAGAGUUGAAGUUGAGAGCUUGAUGGGAUGCCAUCUUGUUGAGAGGAGCCAAGGCAGGAAAUUAAGUUGAAAUUUUAUGCCGACUAUAAUCCUUAAAAAAUGAACUUUGAACGAAGCUCGUGUGUUGGAGCCGAAACAUUUUUGUUUCUUACUCUUUGUUGUCAUUCAGUUUCAGCUCCUCAUGUUGUGUGUGAUAGGUUUAAAUUAACAUCUAGGAUGAGGGUGACAUCAGGUUAUCAUGAAGUCUCUUGGGGCAUGCUCACUUUUCUGUUGCCAUCUUCUUAGGCAUGAUUUAAAUGUUGUUGCCAUUUUUAUGGAAGAUCUGUCAACUUGGUGAUAGUUGGUUCUAUGUAUGAACACCGUGAAGAAAUUUCAGACAAAAGAUGUCAACUCUUACGUGUUCAGAAAACUUAGAAAAACAGUGUCCGGUUAUCCAUAAAUAAUGCUCCACAUGUAAACGUAAUCAAACACAGUUUAGGAUCUUACCUGAUGCAAGACGAUAAAACGGCACCAGCAAACACCUUACAAAUCAGUUAAUAAAGAAAGCUGCGCAUAUACUUGAGUUUCCAGCUUAAGUCUAGUCCAAAGUUUCCCCGAGAUGAAGGAACAUUUUGAACAUUAAAAUUAACAUCACUUUGAACAUGAUAUUAAGCAUCAAUUUGAACAUCAUUAUUUCUACCAACUUGCCAGACUUCAAUUUGUUCUCUCAUGCGCAAGUGUAGAGAGUGCUGUGCAAAUCUCUGCAAAGGAAGUAGCUGUAGCCUCGACAAAAAUGUGACUUUUAAGAGUAGCUGAGGCUUUCCUCAUUUAGCCAAUGGUAGUCACUUGAAAGCUAUGUCUUUGCAUGAAAAAAGUGAUGUUUAAGUGGAAUGAAGCACAAAUGCUGUGCGUGAUGUGGUUUGCCAGUGCGUCGAAUUUUGUUGCCAGAGUCAAGCUGGUUUAGCUUGCCUCGUAAAGCACCCAGUUGAGGUGCAUAACUGCUCAUCCAAAACACGUCUACGCCGCCAUUAGUUUGGCGAAGUGCCUUUUGGGAAGGCUGGCCUAAUAAUUACGAAAGGGUCUGUAGCAUUAAGCCGUCUUAACACGUAUUUUGGCAGAUUUCUGGAGCAAAGCUUAUAUGUGUGUUGAAGCGGCAGACUCGUGAUCGUGAAAUCGUCGGCUGUUUCGUUUCCUGGGAGUUACAGCCUCUCACUGCAGUUUCAGUCGUUAGAGCUGCUUUAAAACAUGCCGACGCACGUAUGUCCUUUGCGAACAAUAAGCUCACUAGUGUCUGCAUUCUACCGUUUUUCCCCCCCAACUCCUAAGUGCCAUGCAGGCUGUAAGCAUUGCUCACCGACACCUUUCCUUAGAUUAGCUGGAGAGCUCAUGCCUACCUUGCAGGAAACAGCUCUUGUCACCAAGAAGAAUACCCAUUUUUCUGCUUGCGCACCUGUCCUCAGUAAAGAUAACUAUUUUUGUCAAAGUAACAGAAAGCAUUCACUUAAGUGUUGUUCGUAUGUGCGUCAGCAGUCUCUGUUGUACAUUACAACUACCGUACUGUGUCUGAAGGGCAGGGAUUUGGUUUCAACUGGCGUUUGUUUCGUGGCAUUAACAUUUUAACACAGUGUUGGUUGUUUGCUGCAAGCUUUCCUCCCCUCCACUCUGACUGCCUUGGAAGACUUAUGGUUGUGCAUUGUUGCAGCAUCCUCUGCACUAAUAAAUCCCCUGAACUGAACAGCAUUGUUGCUUUACCUGUCUGGUUGUACAUAAUUUUUUGCAUGUAGGUAUGCAUCAUAGUGCUGAGCGUCUUGCUUGGAGAUGCACGAGAGCAGUGCAUUCUUGCGUGAAUGACCCAUGUCAAAAAAUUGUACACCGCAGCUUCACAGCAAAUGUGCUUUUGCUUUGCUGCUACUAAGUAGUGAUGGAAUUUGAGGUUGCCAUCUAUACAAACUGGCUUGUUUUACCUGGAGAUUUUAUCUUUGGAACUUCAAAAGCUAAAUGAACAAAAAUAAAGCUUCCUAUUACCACUACUACCACAAUUCAUGAUGGUUCUUCUUAAGUGUACUGGUGUACACAGUGAGCCUUGCGGAAUUGGCAGUUCUUGUGACGCAAGUUUUUCAUUACUUCUCUGGAACUUGCAUCUCUCAAAUCAUAUGGUGGUUUUGGGACGUUAUAUCCCACAAAUCAAUCAAUCAAUCUGUGGAACUUGUAAAUAGGGUACGGGUGGUUGGGUUGCGGACGCGGAAAUAAUCUAGGAUCUUCUAUACUUGGCCAUUCUCUACUACAUGUGCUGCCUGCAAGUGCAGACGUGAAAUUCCUUUGCGAUGAAAUUGCCUGUUGUUGCGACUUGCUAGAAAGCUUGAAGCUGUUACUACCGAAUUUGGCAAUAAACAGUAGCAGAGUUCUAGGAUUUCACGAGCGAUGUCUAAAGGCAACAUUCUUUUGCUUACCCUAUCGUAGAGUUUGCGGGAAGAGCACUGUAUAAUUUAGAGUUCGUGGUUAACCUGGUAGGCUUCACAAAACAUGGUCUUCGUAGAUUUUGCUUUUCUUCCUUUGGCCUCAUAAUACGACCCUUAACUGAAAAGAAAAAUUUCUUAUCCGAGUGAUAAAAUCAGAAUUUAUGCUAAUCAGCAAGUUGGCCUCGUCAUAGUGUCACCAGGUUACAAAAAAACGAGAUGAAGACUGUGUGAACAGAAGCAACUCGGGCACAUAUGUAGGACAUUUUAGUGUUCUUGCAUCGCCCGCUUCAUGUAAACAAACGUACUGCAUUUUCUCCUAUAAUCCACACAAACAAACGAAAAAUGUGCUUUAAAUGUGAGGGUGAGUGUGAUAUUCAGGGGUAGUACACUUUUUUUUCCUUUUUGUUGAGUUUAAGUUACGAGUAGGGGUUAUAUGCAUAGGUGCAUUAUAUUUAAGAAAAUGCAAUGUAUUGCUGUGUUAACUUUAACCUCCUCAUGUGCAUGUGGCAUAACCAGGACAUGCAGACUUAAAGUGUGGGAGUUUUGUUGGGUAAGGCUGGGAGUGAAGAAAAUCUGGGACAAGUUUUACUUGAGCAUGCGAGGAAAACCAGACAAAUUGUUUUGGGAACCUACACUACACUCUCGACUUUAAUAUUCAGGAAUCCCAAUUUAGCAUAACAUUAGCAACAAUUACAAUGAGAUAAGUAUUAAUUCUGUAGCCAGUACUUUCGUUAUGCAAAAAAAUUCACGUGACAAAUUCAGUAAUGUAACUUAAAUGUUGAAGAAAUUGGCUCCUUAGAAGUUUCAUAUUGGUAUUAUUGAGAGCACCAUCGUAUGCUGCAUGCUAUUUUACUAAAGGCAAACAUUUCUAAAAGAUUUCACUGAAUUAAUCGUGUACUUGUUUUGUGUGAACGUCUUGUCUUGCCAAUUAAUUUUGUUCUAGUGGUGCGUCACACUAUGACAGAGUUUGAAAAAUAAAUGCCAGGCGUAGAUGCCCAAAGUUGUCUUUUUAGUGUGUUAGUAUCUUUUCUUCGCUUUUCUUGUUUCCAAUAGCGUACUGUCACGAUGCUAAAUGAAUACAGAUGAUGUAAACAUUGC